AUGGAGGCGGCGCAGCCUGAGAGUGGCUGGCCUCUUAGCACCGAGUCCAGGGACUGGCAUGGCUCCCGGCCUAAUGGUUCUCGGCUCCAGGACCCUCACAGGAACCAGUCCAUCCCUGCCUCAGGGUUGCUUUUCAACAAGAGGCUGACCCCUGAGCCCCUUGCCCCAGGCAAGAUUGCAGAAACCAGAACUUCCUCAGAGAGCAUCAUUUCUGUCCCUGCUUCCAGCACCUCAGGGUCUCCGAGCCGUGUGAUUUAUGCCAAGCUUGGUGGUGAGAUCCUGGACUACAGGGACUUGGCAGCCCUUCCUAAAAAUAAGGCCAUCUAUGACAUCGACCGCCCCGACAUGAUCUCCUACUCACCUUACAUCAGCCACUCUACAGGGGAUAGGCAGAGCUACGGCGAGUCCCCUCAGUUGCUCUCGCCAACGCCGACCGAGGGGGAUCAGGAUGACCGGUCCUACAAGCAGUGCCGGACCUCCAGCCCGAGCUCCACUGGGUCGGUCAGCCUCGGGCGCUACACCCCGACUUCACGGUCACCACAGCACUACAGCCGUCCAGACACUGGCGUAAAAGAUAACAUCUAUAGGAAACCCCCUAUCUACAGACAGCAUGCUGCCAGGCGAUCGGAUGGGGAGGACGGAAGCUUCGACCAGGAUAACAGGAAGCAGAAGAGCAGCUGGCUGAUGCUCAAGGGAGAUGCAGACACGAGGACCAACUCUCCAGACCUGGACACCCAGUCCUUGUCCCACAGCAGCGGGACCGACAGAGACCUUCUCCAAAGGAUGCCAGGGGACAGCUUUCACUCACGAUUCCCCUAUUCCAAAUCUGACCCUCUCCCAGGACAUGGAAAGAAUGGCUUGGACCAGCGGAAUGCCAAUCUGGCCCCCUGUGGAGCAGACCCGGAUGCCAGCUGGGGCAUGCGAGAAUACAAGAUCUAUCCGUAUGACUCCCUCAUCGUCACAAACCGAAUUCGCGUGAAACUGCCCAAGGAUGUGGACCGGACGAGACUGGAGAGACACUUGUCGCCCGAGGAGUUCCAGGAAGUGUUUGGGAUGAGCAUCGAGGAGUUUGACCGCCUGGCCCUCUGGAAGAGGAAUGACCUUAAGAAGAAAGCCCUGUUGUUCUGACAGCUGCCAGCCUGCCCCACCGGUGUGUGCCAGGCGCCGGGGCGAGGGGUCCCUGGCGAGCACCACGCACACCCCUCCCACAUACCUUGCUCUGGCUUCUCUGUGUCGAUGGGGUGGGCAGGAGGGGGUCCCCCAGCAGGUGCAGCCCCUGUGCCUGCCGGCGACGCUCCUGCCUGUAGUUUAGGGCCGAGAUGGCUAGCUUCACACCGCCCUUCCCCGCUGUGGCUUGGUGUCAGGGAGAGGCUGCAGAGUGGCUGUGUCGGGCAUUAGACGGAGCACACAGGUGGCUGCAGCCCAGUCCACCUUCCCAGCAUCCUCGAGGUGCCCUGGCCCUGGUGCUAGGCACGUGGGGGACAGAGGUGGCUGGGAUGGGAGCUGUGAGACUUGUUGAUGACAGGUGCUGACACCAUUGUUGGGGAUGGGCACAUGGCCCUUCGGAGCCUGGGCAGCCUGGCCUCACAGGUGGACUCGGAGACGGGGCAGGGAGCGUCCGGGACAGUGCCACGAGUGGGGUGUGUGAUUUUUGCGUCUGUGAUGAGUCUCUAUAGGGACAAAUGUCAACAAGGGACAAGACAGGGCACCUCCCGCCAGCGCCCCUCCGUGCGCUGCGUUCCUCUUCAGAUCACCCCCUAGAUGCCUACACAAUAUCUUUAAAGUAACACAGAAGUUUUUAUUUUAUUAAAAAGUAUAGCCUACUUACACGCGA